UGCAGAGACGGAGCACAACCCAGCAGGAAAGCAGGGAACAGAGAGAGGAGGCCCCUGGCACCCCUGCUCGCUGCACCCUAGGCCGCUCACCAUGGCGCUGGGCUUGGAGCAGGCGGAGGAGCAGCGGCUGUACCAGCAGACGCUCCUGCAGGACGGGCUCAAGGACAUGCUGGACCACGGCAAGUUCCUGGACUGCGUGGUGCGGGUGGGCGAGCGCGAGUUCCCGUGCCACCGCCUGGUGCUGGCCGCCUGCAGCCCCUACUUCCGGGCGCGCUUCCUGGCCGAGCCGGAGCCGGCGGGCGAGCUGCGCCUGGAGGAGGUGGCCCCGGACGUGGUGGCGCAGGUGCUGCACUACCUGUACACGUCGGAGAUCGCGCUGGACGAGGCGAGCGUGCAGGACCUGUUCGCCGCGGCGCACCGCUUCCAGAUCCCGUCCAUCUUCACCAUCUGCGUGUCCUUCCUGCAGAAGCGCCUGUGCCUCUCCAACUGCCUGGCCGUCUUCCGCCUCGGGCUGCUGCUGGACUGCCCCCUGCUGCUGCGGAAGGUGCAGAUGGUGAAGGACGCGCACGAGGGCCGCCUCACCGUGCUGCGCAAGAAGAAGAAGGAGAAGGGGAAGGAGGCAGCCGGGCCCCAGGCGGCCAGCAAGGGCACCGGCGACGCCAAGGCCGAGGGGGAGGAGGAGGACGAGCGCGUCCUCCCUGGCAUCCUCAACGACACUCUGCGCUUCGGCAUGUUCCUGCAGGACCUCAUCUUUAUGAUCAGCGAGGAGGGCGCCGUGGCCUACGAUCCGGCGGCCAAUGAGUGUUACUGUGCCUCCCUCUCCACUCAGAUCCCCAAGAACCACGCCAGCCUGGUGACGAAGGAGAACCAGGUCUUCGUGGCCGGGGGCCUCUUCUUCAACGAGGACAACAAAGAAGACCCCAUGAGCUCUUACUUUUUGCAGUUUGACCACCUGGACUCAGAGUGGCUGGGGAUGCCGCCGCUGCCCUCGCCGCGCUGCCUCUUCAGCCUGGGAGAGGCUCUCAACGCCAUCUACGUGGUCGGCGGCCGGGAGCUCAAGGAGCGGGAGAGCAGCCUGGACUCGGUGCUGUGCUACGACCGCCUGUCAUUCAAAUGGGGUGAGUCGGACCCGCUGCCCUAUGCAGUGUACGGCCACGCGGUGCUCUCCCAUAUGGACCUUGUCUACGUCAUUGGCGGCAAAGGCAGCGACCGGAAGUGCCUGAACAAGAUGUGCGUCUAUGACCCCAAGAAGUUCGAGUGGAAGGAGCUGGCUCCCAUGCAGACGGCCCGGUCACUCUUCGGGGCCACCGUGCACGAUGGCCGCAUUUUUGUGGCCGCCGGUGUCACGGACACGGGGCUGACCAGUUCCGUGGAGGUGUACAGCAUCACAGACAACAAGUGGGCGCCCUUUGAGGCCUUCCCGCAGGAGCGCAGCUCGCUCAGCCUGGUCAGCCUGGCGGGCACCCUCUAUGCCAUCGGUGGCUUUGCCACUCUGGAGACUGAGUCCGGGGAGCUGGUCCCCACAGAGCUCAACGACAUCUGGAGAUAUAACGAGGAGGAGAAGAAGUGGGAAGGUGUUCUGCGGGAGCUUGCCUAUGCCACCGGCGCCACCUUCCUACCCGUGCGACUCAACGUGCUGCGCCUGACCAAGAUGUGACCAGCCCGGAGGGCCUGAACUCAGCACCGUCCCACCCCGUGGCCCACACAGGCCGGGCCUCCUGGGGGCUCCAGGGAGGAGGCUGGGAGAGGCCAGAGCCCACCUGGACCUGUUGUAAUGGCCGAGUGGCUGCUUCAGCGGGGAAGGUAGUAGCUGCCCAGUCCUAGCCUUGGGGCAGGGGCGAGGAAUUUAAGGCCUCUCUGGGGUCUCCGGUCUCCACCAUAUCCCCCCGUUCUUGAGCCAGAACCACAGGGACAUCAUCCCCACCUGCAUCCCGGCCCUGUCCCAGCCCAGCUCUGUGCCUGCAAAUUCCCCACAAGCCCCAGUCCUGGCUGUCAGAGGGGGACGGUCCCCACCGAGUGCUCCCUGCAGCACAGAUAGGGCUCCUUCUGUGAGAAGAAUAAAGUGCCUUCUGAGCGGGCAGCUCAGGGUCCGGAAGCCGGGGCUCCAAGA